GGCGAUUAUCUGCGCAGUCUGUAAUGUCGAACACGCCUACUGUUGAUCAGACACAUCAGAUAUGAAAGACAUGAGAGACUGUAUGAGACACGUCUGAUGAUUUUACUGAGGGGAAUGCGGUGAAAUAUCGAGAGCAGAGAUCACAAUCAUGGUGAAGAGUGUAAACACAGAGUUUCAGCUGAGCAAGACAACAUAUGAAGAAGAAGAAACACAAAACACACACAAAGAGACAUCUGCAGAUGUCAGUAAGGAGCACACUACAGCUCCGCCCGGGAUGAUUUGGCGGGUGACCGGCGGCCUUUUUAACGCCACAAAGGGCGUGAUGGGAGCCACGGUGGGCGGAGUCACAUGGCUAGGGGGUAAAAGUCUUGAAAUCACCAAAUCAGCUGUGACCUCUCUCCCAUCAGUGGGCGUCGGCCUGGUGAAAGGCGGAGUUUCUGCAGUGGCAGGGGGCGUGUCCUCCGUGGGGUCAACGGUGGCCAAUAAAGUAUCGUUUACAGGAAAGAGUAAAGACAAAUCAGAGUGAGGAUGAGGAGGAUGAUGUCAUUCAUGAGGACUUUCGUUUGACAUAUUUCAACAAAUGUACAUCAUGUUAUUUUGAUGCUGUUGGUUCUUCUUAAAUGAUCAAUGUUUUAAAGACAUGUCGAUCAGUGAUGCAUUUAUUUUGUCUCUCUGACUGUAAACACAUUUCAUCUCAGUCGAACAUCACUGCCUGUCACAUUUUGUAUUAUAAAGACCUAAAUAUAUAGGAAUUGAAUUAUAAGAGGAUUUUCAGACAUAAACUCCUUUAUACGAUGAUCUUUCUUAGAUUUUAUUAAAGAUUCAGCUGCUGUUAAA